AUGAGUUGCCCGUCCGAAUGUUCGUGCCGAACCGUGGCCAGCCGCGAGGCUGCGAGAGAGCUUCGUGUCGUAUGUACACGUGGUGACCAGACCGCAAUACCAGUCGACCAACUAGACCGAAGCGCGAACGUCAUCAUCAUCGCACCCCCACCCGAACACCCCAAUUACCUGACGAUCGGACCCAUCUUCACUCAGCCGUCGCCUUUCGCUGACCUUCGAGAACUCCACAUCGUCAACUCCAAUGUGCCCUCCAUAGGACAAUACUCCUUCUGGGGCCUCCAGCAUCUCCGCAUAUUAAAUCUCACUCAUAACAACCUUACGAGCAUCGGUGCAGACAAUUUCCGCGGUCUCAUAAAUUUAACGGAAUUAUACCUCGAUCAUAAUAACAUCGAGCAGAUGCCGAGCGAGACGUUCCGCCACCUCACCGCCCUGCGGACGUUGAUCCUCUCGCAAAAUCAAAUAUCAACAUUAGUCCCUCGCCUCUUUCGCAUGCUCGCAAAGUUAUCUCACUUGGAUCUAAGCGAUAAUCCUUUAGCGGAUUUAAACCCCGAAGUGUUUAAAGACAUACAACAUUUGAGGUUCUUUAAAUGUCGACGAUGUCUUUUGCGGAGGGUGAACACACAAAUAUACCACCUCGUGCCGCAUUUAGAGGAAUUGGAUUUGGGCGAAAACCAAUUUAAAUAUUUGACGUCGGACGAAUUUAUCAGCCUGAAAAAAUUGAAGAAGCUGAAGCUCGACGGAAAUCAAUUGUCAGUUAUUGUGGAUAAUAUGUUCGGCAGGAAUAGGGAAUUGCGCGUGCUGAACUUAGCACGCAACCGUCUAGCCUUGCUGGCGCCAGCCUCACUCACUAACGUCACCAACCUGAUGCACCUGGACAUAAGCCACAAUAAAAUAGACAGGUUCCACCUCCAAACCUUUGCACCUGUUGUCGAUUCACUGAAAACGAUCAAUUUCAGUGGUAAUAAUUUACCUCUAAACGAAAUAGCGCUUGUCCUCCAAAUCCUACCUGAGAUUCACAGCGUUUCUCUCGCCAACUUAUCGCUGCCCGAGAUGCCCCCAAAUUUUUUCAUUUACAAUGAACAUUUGGUCUCCUUGGAUAUAUCUUGGAAUAAAUUAACGAAAUUCCCAUACAAAUUACUGACCAGGACGAAAUUCUUGCAAAAAUUGGACAUCUCCCGAAAUAAAAUGUAUACUCUGAAUGAAGACGAUCUUCAACGACUAGAAGCCAUAGCUUAUGUGGAUUUAUCGAGGAACCAUUGGCGCUGCGAUCAUUGUUCCGUGGGUACUAUGCUGGCUUACAUGUCGACGACGGUGUUGAAUUCGAGCAUACGGCAUCUCACAUGCCACUCCCCGCUGCGUCUUCACAGUGUCACAUUUGGCGAAUUGGAUUUCGAUAAAUUGGAACCUUGUCUCGGGACUCACGAAGCUCAGAUGAGCGUGAUAGCAGGUUUGAUGUUGCUAUGCGUCGCUGUGUUCGCAGCUAUCGCUGCUGCCUUGUGCUGCACGAGGCGUCGCACUGCACACUACUACACGAACGAAGAAAAGCGUAGGGAGCAUGCCCACGAGCACCCCGAAGAACUGCUCGGGCAAACCGACCUCGGCAGCGUCGCUACCAUCCACGCCCCCUACCACCUGGUGAUGAAGGGCAGCUAA